AUGACUGAAAAGGGUCUCUUUUCCGAUGACCUUGUGUCUCCCACGGUCGCCUCUGCCCUCCCCGAGGGCUACGUCGUUCGUGCCCUUCGCCAGUCCGACUAUACUGGUUUCCUAGACUGCCUUCGUGUCCUGACCACCGUCGGUGAGAUCAGCGAGCCGCAAUUCGCAGAACGAUACAAUUGGUUGUCCAAGAGCGACGGAUACUACAUCCUUGUCAUUGAGGACACGAGCAGGAAAACCGUCGUCGGAACUGGUGCUUUGAUUGUCGAGCGCAAGUUCCGCCUCAUUCUUAUGGAAGUCACGCUGACCCGUCGUCUUUCGCGCAGUAUUCACAACCUCGGUCUCGUCGGCCACAUUGAGGACAUCGCCGUCGCAAAGGACCAGCAGGGCAAGAAGCUCGGUUUGCGCAUUAUCCAGGCCCUCGACUUCAUCGCCGAAAAGGUUGGCUGCUACAAGAGCAUCCUGGACUGCAGCGAAGCCAACGAGGGCUUCUACGUCAAGUGCGGUUUCAGGCGAGCCGGCCUGGAGAUGGCUCACUACUACGAGGGAGACAAGAGUAAGGCCCAGUAG